AUGGAGAGAAAAGUACAUCCCUCACAAGAAUUGGCCCUUACAUCAAGAGAACUUCGUGAACUACAAAAACUUCACGAGCUUGGCAAAAAAUAUUGGGUAAGUUGAAAAAAAGUUUUAAGUUUACAACUGUAAGAUCGAAGUUUUAACAAGGAAUUGAAACUUUCUUUCUCUUUUUAUACCGUUUCAAAAACAGCGAAUUAUAUUAAAAAUCAAAACUGAUUAUAGAUCUCAGAGGGUAGAGAAAUGAUUAUCCUGAUGGCAGAUUUAUUAUCUAAGAGGAAAUGUGUACUGUCAGGAAUUUGUGUGUUGAUAUUGAAAGAAGCCGUGCAAUAUAUCAAAUAAAUUCUGGAUUGACAGUUUUCUUCACAGUAAAACAUCAUAAAAAAGCCGAGGAGAAAAACAUUAUAGUACACUGCGAAUUUCAUUGAUCAAACUACCAAAUAUGGAGUUUUAGAAAGAAAAAGGAAGUAAGUCGAAGAUACGUCAAUUACAAUACACGAACCAAAAAUGUGGAUACAAGCAGGAAUGUUAGAGAAGAUGAUGUUCAAAAUCCCUUUUAAAAUCACUGUAAAUAAUUUUCAAAAGCGAUGCGCUGACCUUUUUUAUGGAAAAAAAGAGUAUUUACUGUAAUAACAUAUCAUACCCCCUAUCCUCUCAGAAUCAUUUCGAAAGGAAAAGAUCUUGAAAAAAUGUCAUAUGGUAAUGACUAACAGCUUGCUUGCGUUUUGCAUGAUUUCAGUUUUAACGUGUUGUAUGAUCAUAGGUUGUUCACACUAUACCUGAUAGCGGUUGCGCCGGCACGAAAACCAUACCGGACAGGGGUUCUGUUCACACAUAAGAACGGUUAUAUCGAGGCGAUUUCUGUUAAGAGCGAAGCCGUGCGGCGCCGAUCUUGAUCUUUGAAAAAAAAAAAAUGGCUGAACGGUUGUAAUGCCUCGCGCUUGAAGUGCUUUUUGUUUGAAGCUGGCAGUUUAAUGGUGGUGAUCUAGGGCGAAUAAACUAAGUUACAUAAACAGUGUAAAUUCAGUAAAAAAUAUUUCCAGAACAAAUGUUUCCUUUUAUAAAUUCCCAGGUCGCAUCCUUAACUUGACAAAUAAAGACAUCGUUAAAUCUCAUGCUGUUCCCUUAAGGGAACUGGGGAGGAAAUAACAAAGUUGAAAUGCCUUCAAACCAUAAGAUAUAUGAAGGCAAAAUUAAAACGAGCAGAAUUGUUUACGAAGUUCAAUAUUCAAACAUCUUACUCUGUGCAAAAUUCUUGAAGAUGAUUGACUAAUUACAGUGACUUAAUCAGUUUUUCAUACGUUAUUUUUUUCUUUUUCCCUUUGCGUCGUUUACAUUAACUCAUAAUUCUAUGAUCUUUCCUUUGAAAGCGUAUUUCGAUUUGCCUCUGCGUAGUUUUACGGACGUAAAAUACGAUGAAAUAAUUUUUUUCUGUUGCUUCCAUCGUUGAUAUUUUGAAAUUGUCACUUUUUACAUUGCCGUCACGGCAGAGUACUGAGGUGCUCUUGAUUUGCCAGCAAAUUAAUGCACUUUGCGGAUGUAAAAAUGAACUCAAAAUUCUACGCUCGAGUCUCAACGCUUUCUCCACUGUCUUUCGGUUUUCGUUGAAACAUCUUGGAGGGUGAUCUGCAUAAUUAUUCAUAUCAUACAACUGUUAAACUCCAAUAAUAGCUAAUUAUAAGUGAUGUAUGAAUGAUGUACGUUACAGAUCUGAUCCCAGUUGUUCAAGAGGUGGAUAGUGCUAUCCACCCGACAAAUCACUAUCCAGCGAAAAGGGACUGAAACCUGGACCGUGUUUUACCAGAUUUAAUGCCAAUAACCUUUAGAUUGUAGUCCUUCAUGAAUUAUUAGAGAACUUUAGAUUCUAAGACGAGUGCGACUCCGAGUCGAGAUACGAGAUUUCCUCAAUACUAAGUAGUGCGCGGGAGUGAACCAGCGUCAUUUUGGCGGGAAAACUUGGUAGCCGUCGUCAUUUUACUACGGGUUAGCGAGAAUGUCGUAAUGGCGGAAACGAGUUAUCAAAUGUUAGAAGUUUUAUCAUUUUGCGAUCGAGAGAGGGCUUAACCUCCUUCAAUAUAGAUAACAGUGCUAUCUCCUCUAAUGAGAAAAGUACAAUAAAGCUUUCCGGGGUGCAUGUCUAUUUUUUGAGAAUACGCGAAAAAACUAAGUUAAAUAUCGUAUUCGUAGUCGUUCUCCUCCUCGAAUCUAAAGGUCUCUCUCUAUUAAUGAAUUUUGAACAGCAUUUUUUAUUCCUCCUACGAUUAUUUCGAUGAUCAAAAGAGUUAAAGAACUUUCAUAUAUAGUUUUAAUAGUAUUUGAUUGCUUUUGUUCAGCGAUUAUGUCUUUAAAGUGAAUCUUUUUAUAAGCACGUUUUUUUUCUAUUAUUCACGUCAGUCUUCUUUUUUCCCAACAAUAAUGCAAUGCUUUAAUUAACUGACCCGUUUAUAUUUUUCCUUUGGUUACCGCUUUUAAAUUUAAUAGCCUUCCUGCAGUCAAUUAUUAUUUAAAAAUUUGACUUCACUGAACCAUCCAUAGAUUAUGCUACUACAAAAUAAUAUCAUUAAUAUUUUUAAAAAACCAAAAUUUUAAAUUCAUAUUUGAAUUUUCCCUUUUAAACCAAAGAUGCAGGAGCGUUUGGUACAACAAAAUCAGACAGCUUUCUCCUCGCUAAGAGCGAUUACAGAAUCAUACUGGAGAAAUGAAUUGCGUUUAAAAAGAAAAAAUCUAAGAAAUUCUUUGUCAAAUAACAGUCAAUGAGUGUACUAUGUUAGUCUAUGUUGUUCAUGUAACAUGAUGUAAGAUUUCACAACAAUUUUCAUUUAAAAUCUUCCGUUGACAACAAGCAAAAAUAUAACCCUUUGGACAGUUUUGAUACAUUUAGAAUCAUAAACCGAUGUGACUUACCUUUCUUUCCAGUCCGUCCUUGGGUAACAUUAACAGCAAACUAAUAUUGCUAAUGGCCUUUUUGUCCCAAAUUUAAUCAAGGACUGCAUUAAGAGCAAUCUAUAACAUCACUGUCAAUUAUUGUUCCGCUUAUAAUGCCAGUAAUGAACCAAAAAAAGCUCUUUAUUUUCUUUUUCGUUAGCACCUCAGUACCCAUGAAUUAAAUAUUUUAAACAAACUGUUAUUUAAUUAACGCAUAUCUGAAUCUGAUCUUACUGCUCCAGGUCAUUAUAAUUUCACAAAAUAGUUGCUUGAAAACCAAAAUUUUUAAAGUCAUAUUUUAAUUUGCCCCUUUAGCCCAAAGACGCAGGAACUUUCAGUGCAAACCAAAUCAAACAGCUGGCUUUCUCACGUUCCUUUCUCCUCGUUAAGAGCGAUUACAGAUUCAUUCUGAAGGAAAAUUGCAUUGAAAUAAGAUAAGCUUGAGUAAUAGUUUCCACCGUCGGUCACUUUAUCUCAAUGGGCCAGUGUUGUGUUGUUCAUGUAAGAUGAUUUUCUACAACUUUCAUUUAAACUAUUCCGUUGACAACAAGGAAAAAUAUAACCCUUUGGACAGUUUUGAUCCAUUUAGAAUCGGCAUAACCCGCGCGAGGUGAAUUACCUUUCUAUUCUGUCCUUCCGUAGCAUUAACAGCAACCUAAUAUUGCUAAUGGCCUUUUUGUUCCAAAUUUAAUCACGGCUAUGACUGCGUUAAAAGCACUCGGUGACAUCACUGUCAAUUAUUGUUCUGCACAUAAUGCCGGUAAUGUAUCAACAAAGCUCUUUAUUGUCUCUCUUUAGAACCUCAGUAUCCAUGAAUUAAACUGUUUUUAACUGAUAUCUGAAUCUGAUCUUACUGCUCCAGGUCAUUAUAAUUUCACAAAAUAAAUGUUUAAAAACCAAAAGUUUUAAAUUCAUGUUUGAUUUUGCCCCUUUAGCCCAAAGACGCACGAACUUUCAGUGCAAACCAAAUCAGACAGCCGGCUUUCUCAAGUUCCUUCCUUCUCGUUCAGAGCGAUUACAGAUUCAUUCUGAAGGAACAUUGCAUUGAAAAAAAUUAAGCCCGAGUAAUAGUUUCCACCGUCGGUCACUUUAUCUCAAUGGGCGUUGUGUUGUUCAUGUAAGAUUUUCUACAAUUUUUAUUUAAGCUACAAGUUCCGUCGUGUAACAAGUAAAAAUAUAAAUUAUUAACCCUUUGGACAGUUUUGAUCCAUUUACAAUCAUAAACGAGCUAGGUACCUUACCUUUCUUUUCUGUCCCUGGGUAGCAUUAACAGCAAACUAAUAUUGCUAAUGUCCUUUUUGUCCCAAAUUUAAUCACGGCUAUGACUGCGUUGAGAGCAAUCUCUGACAUCACUGUCAAUUAUUGUUCCGCUUAUAAUGCCAGUAAUGUACCAACAAAGCUUUUUAUUGUCUUUCUCUUUAGGACCUCAGUAGCAUGAAUUAAAUAUUUUAUACAAACGCGUACGGUUAUUUACUGAUAUCUGAAUCUGAUCUCACUGCUCCAGGUCAUUAUAAUUUCACGAAAUAGUUGUCAAGUGAAAGAAUUAAAUUUUUAUUUCUAAUUUAUAAACUUUUGUACAGAUUAUCAGUCAGGAUUUAGAACGAGUUAUAUGAAUGGCUUGCAUUUCCUUCCGCCUGACGUUUAGGGUAUUUCUUUCAUUAAUUUGCAGCCAGAAGGGGACAAAAGGCUUAAUGAGGCAGAAGAAAUUCGACCAGAUCCUCGCCGUGGCCGGUAUUUGUUCCGCCAUCCGUACUCCAGACUUGUGACUGCUUACCUGGUAGUAUUUUUUAAUUUUCUGAUCUUCGCUGAAGACCCAGUCUCCCACAGCUAUCGUGAAUGUGUAAUUGACGUCAUAGGAGAGAUAUACACUUUCAUAUUUAUAAGGUGAGGAGAUCACGGUCGGCUUGGUUUUUUCAUUUGAAUGAUAAAAAUGUGUGAUCUUAUCUCAAGACACAGUAUUUACAUUGCGGUAAGAGAUAAGAUGACGUUUAUGGCGAACCGCAAACAACAACCAUAAGCGUCAUUUUACCUCUCAAACGGUCAGCAUCUUUAAUCUUUUAGAACAGCAAGAUAAAUCCGCUUUCAAAAGAGCUAUUAAUAAUCAUAUGCUAGGUGCCAUCAUUCCCAAAGAAAAAGAACUAGUAUAUAAUUUGCGUAGGAGAAGGUGUCACCUUCCUCAGAUAGAAACGGAGAGAUACAAGAAAACUUUUGUAAAUAGACUUGUUUUUAAAUAUAAUUUAGUAUAGUAUUAUUCUAUCUUAUAUUACUAUUGUAUUUUAUCGUGUAUCUUUUAAUACAUUUUCACUGUAACUUAGGAUAUGUAUUUUUAUCCUUUGAUUGAAUAAAGACUAUUAUUAUUAUUAUCAUUAGAGAUACCCAAACCACAAUUUUCCACUUUAGAAACGAGGAGACAGGUGCUGAAAUGUCUGGGACCUUUACUGGUGACGCGCCGCUCAGCUGUAGGCGAAUCCUUGUUACAUUUCUUGCCUUAUUAGCAUAGGCUGGUCAUUAUCUGAUAAAGCUAAAAAAAAUGAGAUUACUGAAUAUCGAAAGAGCAUAACAAUUUCAGUUAUCCCUGACAAUUUGAGCCCGAUAUACCAAAUAUUUUCGGAGAAAUUCUCUUUGAAAAACCUCUAAAAUUUACAAAGACUGUAUUAGCCAAAAACGUUUUGCCACCUAGUACUUUUGCAGUUUUUAAUUGGACUGACGAGGCUCGAAGAGCGAAAUAUAUUUCGAGGUUUUUAAAACUUUUUUAUUAUUUAUUAUUAUUUUUUAUUUUUACAUUUUACAUUUCGUGUACGUACGUUGAAUGUGGUAAAGACUUGAUGUCUUAUUUUGCAAGUAGUUCAAGUUAAUUGGUGCUAAUUUCUUUGCUACUGAUUACAAGGAGCUGAAACGUGCACAAACUGCAUAAAUCAACCAGCUCUUUCAAGUUUUAAAAGAGCUCUUUUUUAAAUUAAAAUUUUUGAACCUUCUUGGUAUAUACAGCUAUACAUCUUCUAUGGGUUAACUCGUAUGCUAAUGAGCAAAAAUGUAAACAAUGAUGUCACGAUGAAUCCGCCUAUUGGCCAUUUUUUCCCUGUCCCCUAGUCGCAGAAGUCUCUGCGUAAUUUAACUCAGUCGACCAAGUUUCUUCCUCGUUAAUUUUGAAAGUGGCGGAUUGCUAAUGUUUUAAAUUUGUUAAUGCAGUCUAAGAAUACAUUUCGGCUUAUGUCCGUUUAAGUGAAAAAACUCUAAAAGAUAAACGAGAGCGGUCCCGUAGUGAUUUUUGCUGUGAAAAUUCUCUCUAUUAAAAAUGCAGUCUCGUAAUAAAGUAGAAAUUGGGAAGACGGGCAGAAAAAGCUGUGCUAACUCUACCUUUUUCUUUCUUCAGAACUCGGCUAGAUUGCUAACUGUCCCUCAGGAUUGUCGCGCGAGCGAGCAUAUUACGAACGAACACGCGAGGCAAACGCGCGAGGAAGGAGAAGCUUCUUCCCCGCACGUUUACCUCGCUAGCUCGCACCUAACAUUGCUAGCAGUCUACAUGAUGGUAAAUAACCUUAGCAUAUCUUUUGAUGUUAUAUUUAGAUCUCUUUGCGAGCUGAGAACUUCAAAUUUAAGCUUAAAUGAGGACAGUAUCACCCUUGUCAGUGUCCCUUUGGGAGAUUAUCACUGCAUGUCAUAGCAGGCCUUAGGCCAAAAGUGUCAGCUUUUCCUCUAAUUUUCAGAUGGCCUCGUGGCUCAUUUUCUCUGAUCAAGUUCACCUGUUGGAUGUUUGCGCUCAUCCUUGGGAUGUGUAUAGGCAAGUGGAUCGUUCAUGGCUGGUUCUUCUGCAAAAAGCUCAAGCUUAAAAUCUUUACUGAAGAUGGUCAAGGUUCAUGGAUGGUCAUGUUCCUCACAUCUCUAUUAUCAUUGUUUAUCUUUAGUUUUGCUUACAACGGUUUCCUCAUGCUUGAAGGUAAAAACAUCUCUUUAAUUUAAUACUACAGUCGCCUUAAUAUUACUCUGUGAGCAGGGGUCCCUUUGCCAGGAAGACUGGCGGGUCUCCUGGUUGGUGAAUACAAAUAUUGGUAGAAGGCAAAUGUUGGUAUUGGCUAAAAUAUUGGAGCUUUUAACCGGAACCAAUGCACAUCCAACAUUAAUCGGCCAAUCACGGUAUUCGUGUUCGCAAUAAAGGUUUACUUCAGUUUCUGACGGGGGGGGGGGGACAAGGAUCGCGCAGUGGUGAGAGCACUUACCUCUCACUAAAGUGGUCAAAUCCAGGCGUCGACACCAUAUGUGGGUUGAGCUUGUUGUUCGCUCUCUCUUUUGCUCCGAGAGGUUUGUCUCCGAGUACUUUGGUUUUCUUUUCUCCUCAAAAACCAACAUUUUCAAAUCCCAAUUCAACCAGAAAUGGUAGACGAAGAGGCACUAUAAAUAUAAGUGCAUACCCAAAUUUUCAACAUAAUUAAUGUCUCAUAUUAAUAUAGGUCUUCCCUUUUUGUUUUAUGUCGGCAGACAAAGAAAGUGAGAUGGAAAAGUUAAAAUCUGCGGCGUAACUUAGCUGGUUUAGCACGGGGACAGGGGGUUUCAAUUGAGAGGGGACUGGAAAAUGAAUUCUUGAAUUUCCGCAUUUUUUAAAAAAUUUGUACUCGCGACCCCACCGCUCAGCCCUGCCUUGUAACCCUUUCAUAUGCUAGGGUAUAGCAUACUUAGAAUGACUUGAAUUGGGUUAAUGAACAAUCUUUCUCCAUAAACCUAUUCCUGCUUUUCUUGAAAAGCCAUGUCUUUAUUUUUGAAGCCCAGUUCACUUGGGUGACCAGCUCGUAUUCCUGGUAAGCGUUAAGAUAAAUUAUUGUUCAUUCAAAAUAUUUCCCCAAUUCUGAUUGGCUAAAAGCACACGCAUAAUUCACCAUAACCAGUUACUGAUGACCAAAAAAAUGCAGCGUUCUUGCAGGUUAAGGCACCGUUAACCGAGAAGACCUGUGGACGAGGUUGAGUUGUUUGUUUGUUCUCGGAGGGUGUUAUCCACCUCGGCCCUCGGCCUCGAUAGAUAACACCCUCCUCGAUCUGCUUAAUUCUUCAUAUCCUACUCAGCCUCAUUCAUUAAUUGCUAAGUAACAGACAAUGGUUGUUUUUUCUCCAGGUAAAUACAUGGAUAGAAUGCAUGCUAGCCAUCGAAUGGGAAUGGAGAACCAAACAUUCAUGAAGGUGGCGGCCAUCUGCACGUGGCUUGGAGAUUUUAUUACUGCGUGGAUGGUCACAGACAUGAUGCUCCAGGUAAAUACCCAUAUUAUUUUUCCUUUAACCAACACUGAAUGUGCCAUUCAUUGUUGGGUUGUUUACUUUACUAAAAGUGAUCGUAUCAGGCAUUGAGAUUCACGGGGGACAGACGGACAAAUUGCAUUUGCUCGAAAUAUCCAUACGUAAUUGUUCAUCAUUAGGAUGCACUAAAUCUCACAAUUGGUUUCGGCUGCAUUAAAUUCUAUGCUACUAGAUGUAGAACAUUUUAGAAGGAAACACCCGCAAUUGUUGAAAUGUUAUUAAAAUAAUCGUCAUAGUUUUAAGUUUCAACCAGGUGAUUUUAAGGUGGCUCGACCCAGUAUUUUGAAAAGCAAAUUAACAUUCCAUCUUUGGGUCUCUUAUACCUAGACAGCUGGAUCUUUACUGUAUAAACUAAACUGUAUUAUGAUAUUAUUUGUUCACGUGACAAUGAGGUCACAUAUUUUUAGCCUUCUUUGGAAAUACUCUACUUCUCAGCUACGCUAUGUAAACUUUGCGUGCUUGCCUUUUGCUGUGCAAAGCGGUUUCACAAAAAAGCUGAAAGUGAUUUGUUGAAAACUAACGAUAAUAUAGCUUUGCAAAGUGGCUAAAUUAUACAUGACGGGCGUUUGUUGUUGAGGGGCAAGUUCGUGUGACCCGCCAUCAAACGUCUGUAAAAAUCGUGACUUUCUGGAGCGAUAUCUUCGCUCGCUUUGGACGUAUCUUUGUCCAAACGUGAAAAAAUCCGUGGAAGGAUCUAUUCGCAGCUCUUUAUGCACGUCACUCUGACGUCACUUUCCAUUUCUUAAUACAGGGAGUACAGUAUGCACACUGGGCCCCAGGUCUCCGCCGCUUCUGGAAGAAAGGCCUGAACAGAGUAUACGCGUUUUGGUUUGUGUUCGUUACUAUGACAAUAGUAGUGAGUACAGCAAUCUCUACGGACUACGUGAAUUGGGACAGACUAAACAGAGAUUUUGUGGCUACUAAUGAACUGUCCAGGGCAUUUCUGGCAUCUUUUAUUCUUGUGAUGGAUUUAAUGAUAGUUAUGCAGGUACGAUUGCGUUAGGAAAUCUUAGAGGGCUUUAAAUUAACAAAUGAUAACUUCAACGAAAGUUAACUGUAAACCAGCUAACAUGAACUUAGAGGAUGAAGGGAAAUUCCCCAUGAAAAAGGACAUUCAAAAUGCUUUAAAUGUCUUUUAUGUAAAUGAAUCUUUUGUUAGCUUGAUUCGUCGCGACGGCUUACGGGGGCUUGUCAAAAAAUAUAAAAAAAUUUCAUCAUUUUUUACUGCAUGACGGUUCGCAGAAAAUGGCAGUGGGAGGUAUCCAAACGUAAGAAACGCUUGCAGGGUCAUUGUGACUUAUGCAGUUCUCGCUGUAGUACAGUCGGUGGCAUAGCUCAUACUCUUGGCUCAAAGGAAAUGUGUCAUGACGUUUUUGGGUAUUUCUUUAAAACGCGAAAAACGAAUCAAAGAAUACCCUGAAAUAAUGGCUCAGCUUUGUCAGUUAAAAGUUACUCUAUUACUAUACAUAAACUAGGUCUUUGGAUUUCAAUGACCGAGUGGACGGAUUGCAACUUGAAAAAUAUUAAGCCAAUUUUUUCAAGUUUUUAAACUCCUGUGUUGCGAAAGUGACCAAAAAAGGUCAUGGUUUGUUUUCCCUUGAUUGAAUCAUCUGAUAUAUAUUUUUUCAAGUACCGUGUAUGAAAACAGAUGUCUGUGAAUACUUAGCAAAAUUUCAGCUCAGCUUUGACCAUAACAUGUGAAACCUUAAAUUUCCGCUGUUUGCGAGUUCAAUGCUAGAUCAGGACGCAUUUCUACACUAAGCCAUUCUUAAGUUAAAAAAAACUCUUACUUUUAACAUGAAUUUACUUUGUUUCAAGGAUUGGGAUUUUCCGCACUUUGCCGGAUCGCUGGACAUAAAGCUACCAGGGGUGAACUCAAAUGCUUUCGAUGUCCAUAUCCCAACAUGCUGUGGUGCGAAACCACUCGAUAUUUACAUUACAGGCAAAUGGUUUAACUAUGGUAUCAUAUUCAUCGUAAUGAUCCUUGAUCUGAACAUGUGGAAAAAUCAGAUAUUUUACGAACCUUUCACUCACGGCCAAUAUACGGACCCUGAAGGAUAUAUAUACACCGUAUCAGACCGGCAAUUCUUGAGAUGGGGAAACAGAACUCUUAUGACGUACGAAUGGCGCUGGAAUCACAUUAAUCCUAAGACCAACAGGACCUAUGGAUUGGAGGACGUACGAAUGAACUCAAAGUACAAGGGAUAUUCCUUGACGCUAAAAUGUAUUGCAUUUGUUCCUUCAAUCGCCGCAUUUUGUAUCUUUGGUUACCUGUUGUGGCUCUUCGGUUUAGAGGAGAACCCGGAUGAAGCAUUAGUACACAAGUAUCGCCGGGAUAUCAGACAUCAUAGGCAGAUGAAGAGGUUGAGAAAAAAGAAAAGAUUAGAAGAAAGAAUGGCUAAAGCCAAGUUGUCAGGGCAACCGGACGACGCAGUUAGUUGGGUAAGUAUAGCCUGCGUGCAAGCUCUCCAUUUGGGCGAUAUCGUGAAAAGUAGACGCGCGAGAGCCACGCGAGAGGAGACGCGAAAGCGGGGGACGGCCCCACGCGGCUUCACCGCUCGCUCACGCGUUCUCGCGCGGCUCGAUUUACUCGCCCAAAUAGAAGAGCUUCCUCGCAAGCUAGGGUAAGUAUUAAAUUGACACUAAUAUACUGAUAGUGUGAUAUAGAGUUAUUCUGAAAACCACCGGUAACAAAUACGGUAUGUAGUUUUCAAAAACUCUAAUGCUAUCCAUUUUGUAUCUGCUGUUACUUAAUUGUCACUCAACUACUUUGAAUGGUUAAUUUUUUUUCAGCCAGUUUGGUGGCCACUGAGUUUUCAGUGGUUUAAUUCGGCUAAAUUGAUUGACAUAGCUCCUUCACUUUUUUGCACGAAAAAUCUGGAAAAGGAACUAUCUGAUAACAGACAGUCCUAUGUAUCUAACUUUAUUGACUUGUAUUUCCUGUUUGAAGCCGAGGCCUUUUACAAUAUCAGAUCACCACAGGAACACAGCUCUGUCUACUUCUCCAUCCGCUCAACGAAGGAGUGGCGUCGACAUAAUAGACAUGACCCUUUUUGAUGGUUUCAAUUCAGCAAAUCACUCAAAUACCAACGAAGAGUCUACGAACCAGUCAGAAGAAGAGAAACCAAGAACGAAAAAGAACUUUGCUUAUUACUUCCGGCAUCCUUACUUUCGAAUAGCAACGUCUUAUUUAGUGGUGUUCUGUAAUUUCCUGAUCUUUGCUGAGGACCCUGUCUCCCAUAGCUACACCGAUUGCAUCAUUGACAUCAUCGGGAAUAUGUACGGGUUUGUGUUCGCGAGGUAAGUAGAUUAUUAUACACUUUAAGUCAUGACCAGAUACCGUGGGAAAGAAUUAGUUUUGUUUUCUCGGGAAAAAACGCGAAGGAAAACAAAACUGCUUGUAGCUAUGUUAUACAUGUAUUCAGGGUUCGAGAGGGGAAGGUCUAGAUAAUUACUGAAUGCAUCACGAUCGGGAUACAUGUGAAUUUAGUCAAGGCCACAAGACUAAAAAUCAACCAACGGAAGUCUCUGUUUAGUUGAGUUAAGUCUGGGAAUAUAACUCUGAUAAUUAUUAGUGAUUGAAUGGACGACGGCGGGUUUAGUUCGCGGGUUGUUAAAGGGCUGGCCACGAGAUCGCGGGCUCGAUCCCCGAGACCGGACCAAUGCUAAGAGUCUACAUGUAAAACCUGAAAACGUAUUAGGUAUGGCGCCCCUAACCCUAGGCACCAGAAACGUAAUGUUCGUCCCUUGAAUGGCUUUAGGGGACAUAAAAUUUAAUGUCCUUCAUAAUCAUUUGUGGGUAGUUUUUGAGACUCGAAGCUCAACAUGAUAGAUUUACGCUGCUCUGACCGUGAUCUCCUGAUCAUUAAUAUCUUACAACGGGAAUAAAUUUCGGUUGAAACAAAGUAAGUCUUAGUUUAACCAUGAAGCACGCACUUGAAGGAUUGGCAUAUCCCCUCAGUGUCGGGAUUAUUGGAAAUUUUGCUGUUUUGAAAUCGGAGCAUGCCCCAUUACGUCUCAUGAGAGUUUUCACAUCGUUCCUUUUCAGAUAUCCACCCGAUCGUGGCUUUGUCGCCCUAAAAAUCUUCAUGUAUUUGUUCGCCAUCGGUCUGGGUAUGUUGGUAGGGAAAUUCUUCAUCCACAAAUUCCUCCUUUGCCGCGUUCUCAAGCUACGUAUGUUCUCUGAAGACGGUCAAGGAUCGUGGAUGGUAAUGUUCCUCACUGUACUUAUAUUCCUGUUUAUUAUAAGCUUCAUAUACAACGAGUUCUUGCUCCUCGGUGGCGCACACUUUGCGCCGUAUGUAACCAGUCAUAACCUGGGAAUUCAGAAUCAGACAUUUAUGAAGAUGGCAGCUAUAGGCACUUGGCUGGGUGACUUUAUCACCGCAUGGAUGGUAACGGACAUGAUGCUGCAGGUAAGGAGCUCAAAAGGUCAUUCUGUUGAAGCGCGCCAGUUUCGGUGAAUGAAAUAUAGUACCUCGUUACGGACAUAAAUGAUCCUACGGGAAGCUAAAUCAAAACUUGAUAGCUAAAUUGGCCAGGUAGUUUGUUUGUUUGCUUGUUUAUGUGCUUUAAUUUUGUCUUUGUUUGUUUGUUGUUUUCAGGUCUGUCGUAUUUACAGCGCUGUAAAUAUAUAAAGUAGUCCUGAAAAAAGGUUUCUUGUCUGGUUCAGCAUAGCAACUUAACUUUUGCUGCGUAUGUGCCGCUAGCCUAGCUCUCAGAGCCCCUACCAUUUAUAGUCUAUUCUGUGGCCAAUUAUAGACCCAAUCUUAAAGUUUAGUCACUUUUGGGCAAAUAAGUAAUUUUCGUGAUCCCAACUGAGUCACUUUAUAUUUUUAUGGAUUGACCUACUUUUUAGAUCGAAUGAAGAACACUUUACCUUUCAUCUGGUACAUUUGCUGACUUUAAAUAUGAAGAACUGUCUGAUCUUACCCAAAAAAUUCCGAAGAUGUGCGACCCCAUUCUAUUAACUCUAUUGAAAAUGCGACCCCAUUAUAGUCAAUGCAGUCGUUAAAAUGCGACCCCAUCUUGCGGCACAUCCCCAUUAGCCUCUUAUAAGGAAGUACCCCGGGCACUUUUCAUUACAUCAACUUUAUACAUUGAAUGAAUUUCCUGGACAACAAUGUUUCUAAUUUGUAUUUUCAACCUUUUUUGCAUUGCUUGGUAGUUUUAAUUAAGCGGAGGAUUUUUUUGUCUACCGAAAAAAGUGCAUAAUUAGCAAUUUUACGACUUUCGAGGUGUCUAAACGAACUAGCCUUCGUUUGGUUCUUUGGGUCCUUAUCUAAAAUAGAAGUUUAACCAUUCCUAGCCUAGUUUUUUGAAAAAUUACGUCUUUGUUCGGCUUUCUAAUAGUCCGUUUUUCUUAGCUUCCAGUUCCCCAAGGACGGAAAGGUCCACUCGUGGGCAAGUUGAUCUGUUUCUAUAAUCGUAUUUGUGGGUGAUGUGAAGUCACUUUUAUCAAUAUAACGAUAAUAAACUCAAUUCCAUGCGCUUAACAGAUGAGCCGUUACAAACAAAAUGGGAGGUUUCACUUAAAUAAAAGUUCCGUCUAGUCAAUUGUGGAUUUUUAUUAUGCUCAAAUUUUGGCCUUAUUUUUAGUUACCCCUCGAAUGUCACCUUUUUCUCCGCGCAUGCGUUUUAUGUAGAUAUAUUCACCUGUCCCACAAGGUUUCCCUCGGCAGGUUGAAAAUAAUCCUCUAGGCUACACUGUUCACAGCAUCUCUGGUUUUUCUUCAUAACGAACAAAUCUUUCGCCUUUUACUAAAGAUUUCCGUGGAGGAGAACAAUGGAAUGAGUGUACGACUAAUUUUUCGUCGCCCUGCCUGGAAGCGGGGCCCACGAUAAGAUACAAAAGUUUCCACACAGUCGACACCCGCUUUACGGAACAGGCGCCUCGUUAUUCAGAUUAUUACGGACAGUUUGCUUGAUUCCUGAAGAAAGGAAGCCAUUACAUUUUCUCUAAAUUCCACCCGCUUAAUACGGACAUUUUGUAUGGCCAGUUCAGUGUCCGUAUUAACCUGACUGUAGUUACAAAAGCUCUCAUACUUGCCCUUCUCUCCUUUUCAGGAGGACCACUAUCCUCAAUGGAGCCCAGCCCUCAGAAGGUUUUGGAGACGCGGUCGCAACCGUGUGUAUGCAUUCUGGUUUAUCUCAUUCAGUAUGAGUGCCGUGGUAGCUACUGCCAUUACAACUGAUUAUCUUAACUGGGACGAGAUCAGCAGGGACUUUAUGCCCACAAAUGAACUAUCCAGGGCUUUUCUGGCUUCAUUUAUUCUUGUUAUGGACCUUUUCAUUGUCAUGCAGGUACAGUCAAUCCCUUUGAAAAAAGGCCAAGAAAACAUUUCCAGUCCCUUGGUUAUUCACGAUCAGUGUACACUCUUGUCCGAAUUUUUAACUAAGGUCACGGUACAGGCCAUUGACUUUUGGACUCAGCAGCCGUCUUGUCUUAUUCCGUACACAGUUCAGGGACUUGAGCCGGAGUCCGACUGUUUCUAAUUUUUUAACUGAGAUAAAUUUUGCCGAGUACUCAAAUAAGCUCAUCCUUGCAAGAAAAGUUCUUAAAUUGGCCUAUUUUUGAAAGCGGGGGUUUUUGAAACUUCUAAAUGAAAUAGGGAUGGAAUGGUGUUAGUUAAGAGAGGCAAGAAAUCGCAUUUUGCAGACAAUAAGCACUUCCUAGAAAAAAAUACCUCGCAAAAUAAAACUGGAAGCCUAUAAAUUGCAUCUCGGCAGAGAAAGCUUUUAUACUCGUUUUUGCCUCUCCACUACAUGUAGGUGAAGGUUCCACUCGCUCUGGGAACUUUAAAGGACAAAGCCCCCAAAACGCUGUAUAGUAUGCUAUUGAUAACUUGACUUCAAACAGUCAUUACCCAAGUCAGUGACUGUCUUUCUCUUUUCACAGGAUUGGGAUUUCCCUUACUUUGAUGGAAGUAUGGAUAUCAAGCUUCCGGGUCUAAACACAGGAAAUUUUCAUUUCCGCCUUCCUGGAGGAGAGAUUCGCAUCACGGGAAAAUGGUUCAACUAUGGCAUCAUCUUCAUUGUUAUGAUCCUUGAUCUCAACAUGUGGAAGAACCAAAUAUUUUACGAACCUUUUGUGUAUGGCCAGUACACUGAUGACCAACAGUACAUCUACACUGUUUCCGAUAAAGAUUUCCUUGCCAAUGCAACUGAUGAAACUUUGAGUUACGCAUGGAGAUGGACGCAUGUUAAUCCUCUGACCAACAAGACUUACGGCUCAGAAGAUCAAAAGAUGAACUCAAGAUAUAUAGGGUAUCCUCUGAGUGCCAAGGGCACGGCUUUCAUUCCAUCGCUUCUGGUAUUUACCAUGUUUGGUAUACUUGUCAAGUAUUUUUCUAAAGGUGGUCCGCCAAACAAAGUUGCGCCUGCCAACGAGAUGAAAGAUGUCAUAGCAGAUACAGCCGAUGUAAAGGAUGGCGCCGAGGAUAGCUCGUCUUCACCACACAUUACGAUGAGCCGUCAAUCAAUGUCAAGUUAUAAAAGUGAAUAUGCUGCCAACAAAACCCGAAAGCAUGGUUCGUGUUUUAGUAUGGAUAGCUCACACGACAACCUUGAAAGUUCAGAAGAUAAUCUAGACAGUUCACGUGAUAACCUGGAAAGCUCACGUGACGAGCUUCGUCGUUCGCGUGAUGAUCUGAGAAGUUCGGAUGAGGAUCUUCAAAUUUUACCUGAAGGGAUAGAGGAGCACAGCGUCAGCCGCCCGGCUUGGUCUGAUAGCACACCAGAGAAGGUGCUUCCAGAGGUCAACGGGCCUAGGCGUGACAGUUUAACUGCUGACAAAUCGUCAAAACGUCGUCAAAGUUCUACAGAUCACCCGGACAAGAAAACUAUGGCACAGGACAUCUCUGUCACGAAUCUUGAUCUGGAGAGCGAACAAAGCAAAAAGAAUGUACAGUCGGCUAAAACUUCCGUCCGUGACAGCAGCACAAGCGCCCUCUCAUUUGGUGAUCUAUUUCGUAGAGACACACCCACUGGGUCAAGAUCCGUAACUCAACUUUCAGAUGUGGUAUCCGAUGAUGAAAUGAACAGUAAUGUGGACGCUAAACCAGCUGUUGAGGAGGGAAACAACUUCCUUCAAAUACCUCGGGCUUAG